GGCUGGGCUAUGAUAAGGAUGGAUGGACGCUCGACGUUUUCUUAAAAUGUUUUUUCUUUAGAUGUAUUAGGCCCCGAUUAGUCCAGCCCGACCUCUAUGGUUCGGUUUAGGCCAAGCUGGGAUCGAGCUGGUCCUAUGCGGACCAGGGCUGGCCCUGCGUCGGUCCAGCUCUCUGCCCAACAAGCUCCGAUCUGAUGGACCUGACCGGCUGGGUCGCCCAAAGAGAGUACCAACCAGACCCACCAAACCUCAAUGAGUCAAUUUGUUGUCUUCAUAAGCAUCUAAAAUUUCCCCAAAUCAACUCGGCAAAGAUUUGAGAGCGCACUUAGCGCUUUGUUCUCGGUUGACAUUGCGACGAUGAACGGAGACUGGGAGUUUCAUCUGAGGCUUCUCUCUCAGAAUGCGAGGGACUCCUCUGCAAAUGAUGUCUCAACCGAUCCAUCCCUUCUUGAAUCAGUCAAGAAGCUCUAUGAGAUGUGCAAGAACGAGAAUUCUGAGGACCUGAUCGCUAGGGUUUAUUCCCACAUGAACAAGCUCUUCCAGCGGUGCAUCGCAGCCAUGUCUCAGGCCCAGACGUCAAAUGGUCUCCUACACCUGGCCAUUCUUCAAUUCUUUCUUGAUUUUGGGGAGGUUGUUCUACAUGAUGCUAAUUCUAGUCUGAGAGCAUUCUUCCGUUCAUGUUUGAGCCGACAAUUUGCAGCUCCUGUUGUUGCAGAGUCAACUUUGAACUUUCUCUUCUUGAAUAAAACAAGAUUUCUGAAUUCAUUUCCCAGCUUACUCCCACAGUUCUUUCCAUUACUACUAAAGCUGAUUGCCUGGAAUGGGGAGAAGUUAGAGAAAUCCUUCAUAAAGAUUUUUGUAGGAAUGGUGGCCACAGGGUCAUUUCUUCCUCUUUUUCAAUCACUUGUGGAUUUACCAAUUCUUGUGGUGGCAUUGGAAAAGGUUGAACGCAGUUCAGGAUCGCUGAUAGGGAGUAACAUUGCUUCAAUCCAGAAGAGUGCAGCUCCUGAGAUGCUUCUUGCACUUAUGGAUGAAGCUUAUACUGGUUCAACCAUAGAAGAUGGAGGAGGAGAUUCUGGAGAUGAUGACAGUGGAUCUAUAGAUGUUGCAGAUCCUGUGUUUCUGGACCUUCUUAAGGAUGAAAAUGAUGGGCUUGCUGAACGCCACUGGGUAUCAUCUGGGAUGGCUGCAGCUUUGCAGGCUGUUACUGGUACACCUCAAUCUGAUAGGCUACGACAAGCGCUCCAAAUGGCACCACGAUUUCUUGAUAUAUAUUUCACCAUAGCUCUGCGGGAGGUCAACGACUCAUUGAUAUGUGCGUUGAUUCCAUUAUUGAUGGCACGAAAUUCCACAUUAUUUCCUGACAAGCUGUAUGCUUCUAAGGUGAGGAAGAGGCUUCGCGAAUUUAUUCUUGCAGCAUUUCAUCGAUCACCAGGUUUCGUUGCAAUGCUAAAGAAGCCUAUAAUUGACAGACUUGGAGAAGCAUAUGACAGCCCUGAAAAGACUGAGCUGGCCCUGGAGUUGUGUUGGGCAAUAGGCGAACAUGGCGGUGGUGGAAUAUCUCAGAAGGACACUGCUAGAGAGCUUUUUGAGAGUUUAGAGUUGCUUUUAUACGAGAAUCUUUCAUCCAGUCGCCUUGGUCUAAGCCAGGAUCCAACGAUUGGCAGUUCGAAUAACUCAACCACUAGAAAGUCGUCACAGGCAAGGCUUCUCUGUUUUGUUGUGACAGCCAUUGCAAAGCUUGCGACUUACCAUCGUGAUUUACUUCCUAGGGCACGUGUAUCCCUGGCCAAGGUAGCUCGAUCUCGGAAUUCCUUGGACAUGAGAGUUUGGAGACGUGCCCGAGACUAUUUGGGGUUAAUGAACGAGCCAGCAAUAUGCUUAUCCGUGCUGGGACCUUCGAGAGGGUGCGACCAGGGUCCAGGUACCAUCAACUGGAGUGAAGGGGGAUCGAAGAUGGUUUCACAUAUUCCGUUCUAUAUCCUAUGUGAACAAGAAGGGCCCCCCUUCCAUGACUUUUCCCUCUCGGAUGUUAUUUCAAGCAGAUGAAGUUCUCUGCCUUUCUAAAAUUCUACUGUGCAUGGUUAUGUUUGUAUAAUUGCCACUCAAGUGGCUAUUGAAAUUUGGAAGUCGAAAAAUAAUUAAUUGCUAUGAUUUUAACCAUUUAGAAAAAUUGCUAUGAAAUUGUCCCAACCCAUAACCGAAUGUAAAAUGAUUUUAACCAUUUAGAAAAAUUGGUAUGUUAUUGUCACAGCC